AUGACUAUUGGUGUCCCUAUCAAGCUUCUCCAUGAAGCACAAGGCCAUAUUAUCUCCUUGGAAUUAAAGACAGGACAACUCUACCGUGGAAAAUUAUUAGAAGCUGAAGACAACAUGAACAUCCAAUUAAGAGACAUUACAGUAACUGCUCGCGAUGGAAGAGUUUCACAAUUAGAUCAAGUUUAUAUUCGUGGAUCUCAUGUUCGAUUCUUCAUUGUUCCCGAUAUGCUGAAGAACGCCCCCAUGUUCAAAGGUGCUGGACCUGGUGGACUCAAGGGCAGAGGUAUUGGUUUGGGUAGAGGCAGAGCAACAGUUGCUCGUGCUCAACAAGCAAGAGGAAGAGGUGGUCGUGGUGGAUUUAGAGGUGGUCGUGGUGGUCCCCCACCUAGAUAUUAG